UUUCGGAAUGCUAAUUUGGGAACUUUGUUAUGAAAAAAUUGCUUAUAUAAACAUGAAUUUAAAAGAAAUAGUAGAUCAUGUUUCAAGUAACAAACGUGAAGAACUUCCAUUAGGAAUAUUUAACGGUCCUAGUGAUAAAAUUAUUCAAAAAGAAUUUAUUGGAGUAAUUGAAAAAGUUUUUGAAAAAUUAGCCUUAACCUAUCCAAUUGCUGAUAAUACUUUUCAGCUUUUAGAAAAUGGAACUAUAGACUUUGAUGGAGAAAUUGCUAAAUCUAAAAAUUUAAGAUUGCCAAAAUUCAGUGAAGAAUUUGUGCUUUCUGAAACAAUUAAAGCUGCUUGGAAAUGUUUUGAUGAAAAUGCUAGCUUUGGUAAUUCAUUGGCGAAAUAUUGGAAAGGUUAUUAUUUAUAUGAAGGUCAUUUUGUUAAUAAAGAUAUAUACCAAGCAACCAAAUUUUUUAAAGAAGCCGCUGACGAUAAUAUUACUGAUGCUCAAUUUCGAUAUGCAUUCUCAUUACUUUCUGCGGCUGUUUUGGGUGACCUUUAUUUGAAAGGAAAGCUCGGUGUAGAGCAAAAUAAAGAACUUGGACUAAGCUAUUUGAGAUUAGCAGCCUUGGAAGGCAGCAAUAAAGCA